UAGAGUUUUGAAAGGGAGUGCAAGGCUUUGGGUAGGGUUAGGCACAGGAAUCUGAUUGGAAUCAUUACUUGCUGCUCGAACCUUGAUUUCAAAGCUUUGAUUUUCCCCUAUAUGCAAAAGGGCAGUUUGGAAGGCUGGCUAUACCCCGAUGGAGAUGAGUUUGAACUGAGUUUGUCAGAAAGACUGAGCAUAGCUAUUGACAUGGCCCAAGCCUUAGCAUACCUUCAUCACCAAUGUUUCGUACAGGUUCUGCAUUGUGAUUUAAAACCCAGCAAUGUACUGUUGGGAGACGACAUGACAGCGCAUCUAACGGACUUGGGCAUUGCAAGAAUAGUCUUGGCCAACUCUAUGGAUUCCAUGACUUCCACCUCACAUUUACUCAAAGGAUCAGUAGGCUACAUUGCCCCAGAGUAUGGAUUGGGUGUAAGGGUGUCCACCAAGGGAGAUGUAUUCAGCUAUGGAGUAUUAUCAUUAGAGAUAUUUACAAGAAUGAGGCCUACGAAUGCCAUUUUCAAGGAUGGAUUAACCUUGCAAAAAUGGGCAGCCGAAAAUCUCCCGCAUAGGGUAAGAGAAAUAGUUGACAGAAGUCUGCGGAGAGGAGACCAAGGAAAGGAGAAUGUGAUAUUCGACUCAGUAAUGAAAAUAAUGAAAGUGGGGUUGAUGUGCACACGAGAGUCUCCUCAAGAACAACCCAACAUGCUUCAAAAUGCUGACACUUCAGAGAAUAUUAGGGCCAAUAUGUACUGUGACAUACUGAGAUGAAUGAUGUUAUAUCUCUAUGCUCUGGAACUACACGGAGGGAAAUCUUACUACCCUGAAUGCGUGGGAGCUUAAGCUGCCAAACCUAAAAGUACAAGCCAUUUUUUCUUCUUUCUUUUUAAAUGGGCCCUGUUUUUGAAGCUUAAAAUGCAAACUGCCAAACCUAAAAGUACAAGCCCAUUUUUCUUCUUUCUUUUUAAAUGGGCCCUGUUUUUGAAGCUUAAAAUGCAAGGCAAUCUUUUUUCUUGGGAUCUGGCUUUCCU